UAUUCGUAAAAAAACUUAAAAUGGUUCAUUUGUGAAAAAAGACAUAACUGAUUUGCAAAAAUUAACCUUCGUAAAAUGUAUUUUUUGGACCUUGAAGAAAGAAAGAAAGGAAAGAAAAUAUAUAAGAACUUUAUAUUCUUUGUUGACUUAACACUAUACACGACGAUAAUACUGCAUCAGCAUGGAGCCUGUACUAAAAUUUGAUAGGAGGAAAUUAAAGUUGUUGACAAAAAUCACUUCAGACAAGGACUCCUACAAAUAUUUAGAGAAGUGGCGUUACAUUUGUAAUAUUUCAAGAGUCAUUUUUGGUUCCGUUUACCCCUAGUGGACUCAUUACAGCCAGGCCGAAAUCUGUCCACAAGAGAUGUUGAAAUAAAGUUCUUUAACAAUUUUAAACAAUUUCAAUUUUUGAUAAUCCGCAAUAAUAAAUUUCUACAAAAUUAAUCCCGUGAAAUUGCAAAAUAUUCGCUUCAUUUUUUAAAUUUUUUUUCUAGAAUCCUGAAAUAUAGGUCCCAGCAUUAAAGAAAUUCAAUGUAAGGAAAGCUCUAAAAAUAUAUAAUUUGCCUUAAUAACGAAUCAAAGUUUAUAGUUUGACAUAAAGGGAGGCAGAACAAAAGAGCCUCGUUUUUUGUGGUUUACAAAAUCAUAAGGAGUAAUUUGUGAAUGAUUUAAUUAGUCAUCUUAACACGAGGUUCCGUGAAACACAUAGAGAGUUCUAGCAAUAGCUUAAUUACAGUUUUAUCAGUAGAUCUUCUUCUAUGCUAUCUAAAAAAUAGUAUAAAUGUUAUUGAUUUUAUUGCAGAGCUCAUGUAUAUGCUGUUUUCCCAAGCUAUUAUGUAUUUGAGUUUUAAAAAUUAUGUAUGAACUUCUGCAAGCCGACUUUGAUGACGAUGACACUUCAACGAAAAACAACUUCAAAGGAAGGAAUAGGACAGGCUCAAACUUGAAAUCAUGUCUUUGCGCAUUAGUUAUUAGUUCUGGUAUGCUUCAAUUUGGAUUUAAUUUAGCCAGUGUGAACAAUGUUAAUCUUGUGGUCAAGGAUUUCUUCAAAGAUGUUGAUCAUUUUGAAAGUUUUAUAUGGCCCAUGGCCGUUGCUAUCUUUGCCAUUGGUGGAAUGAUUGGAUCUUAUUUUGGUUCGCAUGCUGCCAAAAGAUUUGGACGGAAAUAUUCGUUGCUGAUAAAUAAUUCUUUGGUGAUAUGUGGCGGCAUACUUCUCUUCUGUAGCAAAGAAGCUAACUCUGUUGCAUUGUUGAUUAUUGGUAGAAUUCUUGUCGGUUUAAAUGCUGGUGUCAACACCACCAUCGCACCCAUGUAUCUUUCUGAAAUUGCUCCCGUUCAUUUACGUGGUGCUUUCGGCACUAUGAACCAAUUUGGUAUCGUUUCUGGAAUUUUGAUUGCUAAUAUACUCGGCCUACAGCAGUUGCUGGGAACGUCUUCAGGCUGGCCUGUUCUGUUUCUAAUUACGGCGAUAAUUGGUGCUUUGCAGCUUAUCUUUUUACCCUUCUGUCCUGAAAGUCCUCGCUACUUGCUUGCUAUUAAGAAAGACGAACACACGGCAACUAAGAAUUUAAUGUCGCUGCGUGGAACAGACGAUGUUUCUGAAGAAAUCGAAGAAAUAAGGGUGGAAGCAGCUCGCGAAUCUGAAAUAGAAAAAGUCGGCGUCAUCGAUCUGUUCUCCAAUUCCGAUUACCAUAAACCACUUCUUAUUAGCAUUGUCAUGCAGUUAUCCCAACAGCUGUCUGGUAUCGGAGGGAUCCUGUACUAUUCAACAGAAUUGUUUAAGAGUGUUGGUUUAGCGGAGAAGUACAGCCAAAUAGCCACCUGUGGUGUGGGUACUCUCAGUGUUAUCAUGACUAUCAUUGUGGUGUUUUUAGUGGAAAAGAGUGGUCGUCGUAUAUUGAUGCUGAUUGGUUUAGGUGGAAUGACUGUGUUGUUUGUCGUUAUCACCAUAGCAUUAAAAUACGCGGCUACAGAAAGAUGGGCGCAAGUUUUAAGCAUUGUGGCCACCUUGUUAAGUGUUGCAUUCUUUCAAAUUGGACCAGGACCUAUACCUUGGUUUAUCGUUGCUGAGCUGUUUACUCAGUCCAGCAUAUCUGCUGCUGUCAGUAUAGCUGGUCCAACUAACUGGCUUGGUAAUUUUGUGGUGGGUCUCCUAUUUCCAAUUAUCAAGAAAAACAUUCAUCCGUACACGUUUCUACCGUUUAUAGUUUUGUUAAUAAUUUUCUUCAUUUUCACAUCCUUCGUUGUUCCAGAGACUAAAGGACUGACUGUAUCAGAAAUAAAUGAAAAACUUCGUGAUGAAGAGCCGAAAUUGUCACAAGAAAUACAGGGUUUGUUGGAUAAAUAAAAAUUUCGACACAGACAUGGGAUUUGCCCACUUAUACGAAAUCUAACGAAGACUAAAUGAGAUAUCACAGAGAAUGUACAUACGUGAAAUAUUUGCUAGAAAAUAGACAUCUAAGACUUUAAUAGAAAUCACAAAGUACGAGAUUUUUUACAUUAUAUUCAUUGUAUGUUACUUUAAAUCAAGAUGGUUUUUAGAUUUAGUUUGAAAUUUCGCGAGUUCAAGAAUGACAGAAAUGUGAAAAGUGUUGUCACCCCAAUUCGACCGAGUUUCUUUUACCCCUUCAUCGUUCUUACUUUUUGCUCGUGCAAACACCAGUCUGAUUGUUAUUAAAUUUUCGAUAAUCUGAGGACCGGAAUACAUACAAAGGACUAGUAUAUAAAUAAAUUUUUUAUAUAAUAAUAGAGAUAAAAGAUAUUAGUAUUAAUUUUUAUUAUAAAGAUAGUACUGAAACGUCUAAUACGUUACAAAAUCUGUUUCUCCGUUAAUACUACAAAGUAGAAUUCAUUGAAUUGUACAAUUCCGUGAAGCCAAAGAUAUAAUUUAAAAUGGAAAAA